AUGAUAAAAAAGUUUUUGAGUAUCCCAAAAUGGAAAUUCAUAGCUGGAGCAUCAUUUGCAUUGUUAGGCUAACAUAUAUAUGAUUGUUUAUAUAAUACAGAAAUAGAAGUCUUCUAUUAAAACACAUAAUUUAAUAAGGAGCUACUUUCAAAAUGUCCAAAUAUUACAGUAAUGAAAAAUAACAACAAUAGGGACAUUUUAAUCCAAGUAUUUGGAGUAUGAAUAAUAUAUUUGGAUUGUUUUAUGUAACAUUAGUAGAACAUCAAAUGGUGCCUUUAUAGAAAAGAGAAAUGGUGACUUUGAAAGAUGGAGGUCAAGUAGCAUUAGAUUGGAAAAUUAAUGACCCUAAGAAUAUUGUUUUAGUAUUACAUGGAUUGACUGGUGGUGGAGAUUGCAAUUAUAUUAAAGAUACAUUAGAAAGACUUCAUAAUGCUGGUUAUACAGCAGUCUGUUUUAAUAAUAGAGGAGUAGGAUUUACAAAAUUAUCUGUAUUAUUUAAAAUUAAAAAAAAAGACACCUUAAUAUCAUAAUCAUGGAGAUCCAUCAGAUAUGAUGGAAAUUAUUGAUUUAAUAAAAGAGAGAUAUCCUGAUGCAACAUUAUAAUGUGUGGCAAUUUCAAUUGGAGCAAAUUUAGCAGCAAAAUAUGCAGGAAUUAUGAAAGAGAAUUGUGCUUUCAAGUCUAUGGUUUGUAUAGCUAAUCCAUUUGAUUUAUUGGUGUAUUUACCUUCUAUUUAUUUAGGCUUGUUUUGAAAAUUUGGAUAGAUGGUACAAUUAUUUAUAUAUAUACUACUUAACUAAACAUUUUAAGUGGUUAUUAAAUAAACAUUUAGAUGUAAUGAAUGCUUGUUUUGAUGAACAUAAUAUUGACAUUAAAAAAGUAUUAGAAGCAAAGACUCCUUAUGAAUUUGAUCAUUAUUUUACAAGGUAAUUGUAAAAAUUUGAAUCUGUUGAAUCAAUGUAUAAGGUAUAUCUCUAUUUUAUUUAAGGCAAAUUCUUGUAUAAAUUAUAUAUAAGAUAUUACUAUUCCCACUUUAUUUAUUAAUACUAAGAAUGAUCCAUUAAUACCAUGGAAAUUUGUACCUAUAAAAUUACAUAGGCAUAUGCCAAAUUUAAUAUUUGCUUUAACUUAAAAAGGGGGUCAUAUUGAAUGGUAUAGUGAAACAAAUUUUGUUACUGUUAAAAGAGUAAUAAUAAUUAUAAUUUAUUUAAUAGUGGAUCAUGGAUCCAACUUUAGACUACUUAAAUUAUUUUAGAGACCUACCAUAGGAUACAUGGUAAUAAUAUGUAAAAUAACCUAAAAUUUGAU